UGUAAACUCAUUCAUUUCUGUGACGGAGCGUGUCUACGCACUCGGGUUCAAAGUGGAAACGGCACUUUUUGAGAGACAUUCCCAACAUGUCUUCUCCAAGCUCUGAUCCUCUUUUACUUUUUACUCCACCAAAAUCCAGUUCUCCUGAUGCACCACCUACUAGUGAUAGCGUCGCGUCCACCAACAUUCCGAUGGCUCCCAAGACGCGCCCCAAAGCGUCCUUUUUCAUAGAGCCUCCUGUCUUGUCUGAAUUGCAGAGGCAGCAGUAUAAACCUGUUCCUGAAGAGUUCAAAGAAGGCGUUACCUUCGACAGGGAUGAUAUUGACGCUGUAGUAGGCGAACACUACGAAGGCACCCACUUGUCCUACUUUGUGCGUUUCAAGGAUGGGCUAGCAUAUAGACUUCCUGCUAGUGACUUCCAGGCCGAAUAUGCCGACCUGGUUGAGGAAUACGAUCAAAAGAAAGAUAAUGGAGAACUCGGAGAGUUUGACCCAUCCUCUAGCGCGGUGCACGAGGAUUCUCGCAUCAGGACUAUCAUCACCAUAGACAUGGUCAAUGGUGUUGCCCGGAGCACAAGGGCGCGGGAAUAUACGUCGUCUUUGGCCUCCCUGUCUGAUCUUACGGAACCUUCUGAAUCUGAUCAGCAAGAGGAUGACCAGAGCGAAGACGAAUACCGCCAGGAACAGAGCAUACCCACCCGCAAAGCCAAUUCUAGGCCUGUCCGAGCUGUAGCUGCUAAGGGCAAAGGCAUGUCACGUGCUACAACUCAAUCAAAGCUUCCUUUCAGUCCCAAAAAGUUACGCAGCAGGCGUGUUCGCCGGUAUAUGAGCGAAUCGGAGGAUGAAUUAGCAGGAUACGAGCAGGAGGACGUCAUAGAUGUCAUUCCCGCUCGCAGGUCCACUCGUGAGCGCAAGAACGCAAAAACUAACCUCGCAGAGGAUUACGUUGAAGAGGCUAGUGACAGUGAAAGCAAUGACGAAUCGUACAUGGCAACUUACAAGAGGGCUGGAAAGUUCAAGUCAGCCGCGAAACCUCAAAGGCGACUCAAACGGGGACCUGUUUCCCGACCUGCUUAUGGCAUCUUUCGUUCUGUUGCGGAUCUUGACUUUGAUGCCUAUGAGGAGGAUACGGAAUUGCUACGCGCUCAUCGAGACAUUUGCGAGAAGUGCCACAAAGCUCCUGCUCAUGUGCAGUUGGAAAAGCCGAAGAAAGGCAGGAAAAAGAUUCAUAAGGAAGAUGACUAUGGGUUCGAGGGGAACGAGGAUGAUCUCAUUCAGUCCUUGGGUGGUUGGGUUCGAUGCCUAAAGUGUCCUAUUGCAGUUCAUUGGCGGUGUCUCGCAAAGACCCAGAAAGAUGAGAUUACCCGUGCAGCGCGUGCGCGCGAUAAAGAGGAAUGGAAGAGUCAACAGCCAGAUGGUUACGAUGGUCACAACCCUCCAGACUCCGAACUUCCAAAUCGCAAGGAGCUCGACAUUGUGCAGACUACGGAGUUCAUAUGUGCCAACUGCAUGAAGGGCGGAAUUUGUAUGGGCUGCAAGGAGAUUGCUCUAGAAGCCGAUUCAACCAUCACGAGACAGCCUGCCGCACCGCCCGCCGUUUCGGAACCUAAACCUGCGGGGCUCACUCAGGAUGUCGAAAUGGUUGACGUUGCGCAGAAUGUCGCUGACAGUGGAUCAAGCCCUGCAAGAGAGCUUGUUUACCGAUGCUUCACCUGCAAGCGUCUCGCCCAUUAUCGUCAUCUUCCUAUCCCAGAUACCUUCGAACCUGAUGACCCGGCUUCUCUUGACGAGAUCAAGCUUGCAUCCUUCUAUCAACUCGAGACUGGAUGGCGUUGUGCGGAUUGCUUCUCGUAUGAGUACACCGUAGACAAGAUUCUUGCAUGGCGUCCAUAUCCUCCCAACGCCGUUGAACCACAAUACUCACCCGCGAACUCUCCAGAUCCAAAGAGCAUGCUGCCUCGGGAGUACCUUGUGAAAUGGAACGAACGAAGUUAUCGGCGCACUCAAUGGGUUCCACACAUGUGGUUGGCAUCUACAACAUAUAUGAAACUCAAAAAUUUCAUUGCGACCGGGCCCAAAGUAGAAUUGUUGGAUAACCCUGCUCCAGAACAAGAUACGAUGCUGGUCGACUCUUCCGCGAAUGAGAUACCAGUUCAGCCGGUGUCAUUGGAGGCCAAUGCCAGUCAGACUCCUGAGGUCGAGGCCAAGUCCAGGUCGGUAUCGUCUCUACGACCUUUGCCAGAUGCAGAACGUCAUAUUCCCCCUGCAUGGAAAACCACAGAUCGUGUGCUGGACGUACUUUUCUGGACAAUCAACCGGUCAGGGCGUGGAAAGAAAGGUAAAAGGAACUCGGUCGUGGAGAGCGACGAGGAAUUGAAUUUGCCGCUGGAGCUCCAGGAUCAGCUGGUGAAAACGCAGUCGAGAGGUGAACAACCUAAUGAUGACUGUAUGGAGAAUGUAGAUGAUUUCUUGAGCACUGUCGAUAAGUCGGAGCUGGACAUCAAAGACAUCAAGUAUAUCGCAUGGGCAUUUAUCAAAUGGGAUGAUCUGGGCUAUAAUGAAGCAACCUGGGAUUCUCCCCCCCGCCCUGACGAGCCUGGUUACUUAGCAUUCAAGGCAGCUUUCCAACGCUUUAUAGACUCGCAGAAAAUUUUCGUUCGAAAAUCGGACAAAGAUGUCAAGAAGCUGGAGAACAGAGUGAAGGAUGGAUAUGCACAGCACGCCCUUCGUCAGAAACGUCAACCUAAGCUUGGUCAGAACAGUCAACUACAACUUCUGCCAUUCCAGAUGGAUGGCUUUGAUUGGCUCUGUGACAAUUGGUGGAACUUGCAACCUUGCAUCCUUGCCGAUGAGAUGGGACUGGGUAAGACAGUCCAGAUCGUGACUUUCCUCGGGGCUAUCAUCGAUAAAUGGCAAGGAGCUCCUGCACUUGUCGUCGUUCCCAACUCUACCAUCACAAACUGGGUUCGGGAAUUUACUCGUUGGGCACCAAAGUUACGAGUAGUACCGUUCUAUGGGGAAGCGAAGGCUCGGGACAUCAUCAUUCAAUAUGAGUUGUUCCAUCCCUCUGAUCGAAAGGGUGGUCCGGAACCCAAGUACCAUGUGAUGGUGACCACUUAUGAAACCCUCGUCAACCCCAGGGAUUUCAACUCGGUGUUCAAGAGCAUUCCGCGUUGGGAAGUCCUUGUUGUGGACGAAGGACAACGCUUGAAGAGCGAUCAUAGUCUAUUGUUCAAAAAACUUAACGAGCUGAAUUCAAUUCAUCGCGUGAUCAUGACUGGAACACCUCUGAACAACAAUAUUCGUGAGCUCUUCAACCUCAUGAACUUCCUCGAUCCCGAAGAAUGGAGUGACCUUGAGGCCUUGGAGAAAGAGCAUGAAGAGCUGAAUGAGGAACUGGUGCGACAGCUGCAUAUUAGACUCAAGCCUUAUUUCUUGCGGCGCAUCAAGAGCGAGGUUUUACAACUUCCCCCUAAGAACGAGGUCAUCGUUCCCCUCUCCAUGGCUCCUCUGCAGAAGGAAAUAUAUAGGUCUAUCCUGAGUCAAAACUUGGACAUUCUCCGAAGUCUAACCCAGGCUGCGACUACCAAAGCAGGAAAACCCUUGGUUGGCAAGGCCAAUUUGAAUAAUAUGUUGAUGCAACUUCGCAAAUGCCUGCAACAUCCAUAUCUUAAUUCUGAGGAUAUCGAGCCUCGCAACCUUACCGUUGCAGAGGCUCACGAGAGACUGAUAGGUGCUAGCACUAAAUUGCGGUUUUUGAAGAUGCUUUUGCCUAAACUUCAGGCCAGAGGUCAUCGUAUACUAUUGUUUAGUCAGUUUGUUAUGGCGCUUGAUAUUAUCGAGGACUUCGUGAGAGGUGAAGGCUACAAGUACUUGCGCCUGGACGGAAACACCAAACAGGCCGAUCGCCAAAAGGGCAUGGACGAGUUUAACAAACCUAACUCGGAUGUUUUUAUCUACAUGCUCAGUACUCGAGCGGGCGGCGUCGGAAUCAACUUGUAUACUGCAGAUACGGUCAUCAUAUUUGAUCCUGAUUUCAACCCUCACCAGGACUUGCAGGCCAUAGCUCGCUCUCACCGGUAUGGACAGACGAAGACAUGCUUGGUGUUUAAGUUCAUGGUCAAGAAUUCAGCUGAAGAACGAAUCAUGCUAAUGGGGAAGAAGAAGCUUGUUCUCGAUCAUUUAAUUGUUCAGAAGAUGGAUGACGACGACGGUGCUGGCGAAGAUCUUCAGUCGAUUCUCACGUUUGGAGCUAAAGCCCUGUUUGAAGAAGAAGAAGGAGGAGGAGAUCAAUCUUCGAAGGACAUAACUUACGUCGACAAUGACGUUGAGAAACUCAUCGAGAAGACUGAAGUAGAAGGUGAUCAACAGGCAGCCACCAAGGAGGCUGGGCUCUCCUUCGCGUUUGCCAAGGUAUGGGCGGCAGACAAGGAUACCAUGGAGGAGAUCCAAGAGGAUGUUCAGGAUACGGAACAGGGCGAUUCUUGGGCCCUAGCACUUGAGCGGAUAGCCGCUGCGAAAGGUGCGGAGCAGGUAACCGAAGUCACAGGCAGAGGCGCUCGCAGGAAGGCGGCUGCUAUAUUCCCUCAGCAAAAGCUUGAUCACAUUGAAGGUCUGGAGGACACGCCCGACAAGAGCAGGAAAAAGAAAAAAUAUCGAUCUUCGAAGUCAGACACAUCCAGCGAUUCCGACGCUUAUGCGGGUACGCCUGGUGCGCAAGCAAGUGAUUCGGGUGCUAGCUCAAUGAACAUGGACAUGGACAUGGUUGACGAACUCUUACCGACCUCUCACAAGCCGAAGAUGAAAGUCAAGGCCAGGGCCAAGUAUCGAGAACAGGCCUUGGCAAAAGAAGAUGAGGAUAACCUGCCUUGCGGUCUUUGUGACACGCGCCAUGGAAAGGGGAUCUGCUACAUGACCGAAGACUCCACCAAUCUUGUGGAGUACAGGGAAAUACUGAUGAACCAUGAGUCGGAUGAGCCAUGGGCAGUCAGGAUAGCUGCUAUCGAUGCCAUAGAGAAGACGCUUGUUAAAAGGGGGCAUGGCCAUCUUCUUGCUGGUCAGCCGCUCAAACUUGUCGCAAACGGCAACAGCAACCAGGCUUAUGUCAAGCAAAAAAAGAAACGUGCUCGUGAUUCAUUAGGUGUUCAGCAACCGAAGACAGUCGCAUCAUCCAAGUCAUCCACCUCUUCUUCUAUCGCCCCGCUCGAAUCUUCCUCCACCAAGCCUUCCGUAGUAUCGUCUUCCAGACCUGCAGGCGAGGCUAAGAAAUCUGGGCGACAGAUGACACUGUUUUCCGUCACGGAUAAAGACAGUGAGAGGAAGAGUAGAACUGCUGAGCCAUCCGCUCUGCCAUCGAAACGAAGGCCGUCACCUGUGCCUGUGGCUGAGUCAUCCUCCUCCAAGAAGCAUAGAUCAAACUCGCAAUGCCCAGUUUGUGAAGGUCCGUAUCACCAUUUGAAAGAUUGUCCCGUCAUCGCACUUGGCCCUCGCAGGUGAUGUGUCCUGCCUUGUAGUAUAUGUAACUUCCUGACGUUCACCCUACAGUAUUACAACACAUAUCCUACGGUUGGAGCAGGACCCUUCUCAACAGGCUACAGUGCUUAGUCUUAAGAAACAGCUUAGACGCCAGCGGCGGAAGCAAGCUGAAGAAGCAACUCGUUACAGUGGGUUCGAUGGCCCUUCGAUGUUGGGCUAGUGAAGAAUUCAGAUUUUUCCCAUACUUUACAUGCUGUCAUAUAACUACCGAAAUGCGCGAGCUGGCGAGACGAUUCCCACCUCCUAGACUCUAGUAGUAGACUUACUUUUAGAUACUUGGACUCGUCUACGAAUAUAUUUCGUGUGUUGA